CAUAUCUAAAACCCUAUUUCUUCACAAACUCUAAACCUCAACUCUCUCUGUAUCAAUCAAUGGCGGAACAAAUCCUUCGCACCUACGAGCUUCGUCUUCUUCAAUGCACGCUUUCACCCCCCCAAACUCAAACCCAAGCCCAAAUCCCCAUUUCCAAUCACCCCUUACAAACUUCAAUCGAAACCCUAAUUCAAUCAAUUGAAUCAGGCCAAUAUUCCAAAACCCUAACCCUUGAAUUCGCUCCCUUUCUUACAAACCCGUCAUUUUCAGUCACAGAUUUCAUCAAUUCGUUAGAAACCCACCAAAAAGAUUCAAUCUUUAGGCUAUUUAGUGUAAUCCCACUUGCAGUUUCUGCCUUUUUGGGUUUUGUUCAGUCAAAUGUUACCGGGCCGCCUGUAACGCUUCCUCCGUUAUUUUCGAAUCUUGGUAAAGAUGAUUUGGAAAUUUGGGCUAGAAAUGAGGUAAUGUCUUCCGGGUCUGAUUUAUUAGGAAAGUUUUUGAAUUUGGAAUAUUUUGUUUUUGCUAAAUUAUUAUUGUUACAAGUUAGAGAUUAUUUGAAAGAAAAUGAGAAAGAUGUGAUUUUUCAGACGGUUUCGUUGUGGUUAGCUAGGGUGUUGUUAGUUCAACAGAAGAUGCUUGAUGGGCAUUCCUCGGUUUUGUUUGAGAAGUUACAGGAGUUGGGUAAUGAGACUUUGGAUCAUUUAGGUAAUUUAGAGAAAGUGUCGAAAUAUUGGCUGGGGGUUGAAGAAUGGGUUUUGAGGGAGGUUGUGUCUAUGGUGCAUUUAGAAUUGGGGAUUAUUGGUUUUAGGUAUGGACGUGUUGAUUCUUCAAAAGCGCGUCUUGAGUUGGCUGAGAAAGUGUCUGGGCUUUCUAUUUCUGUUAGUGGUUCGUUGGGUUAUCGGACUGUGCAUCAGGUGGAUCCGAAAGCACAGCGUCGUCUUAUUGUUGAUGGUUCAGGCUUUAGAAAUGGGGUUUCUGAUGAUGCGAGCUCUACAAAUGGUGUUUCUGAUGGUAAUGGUUCUCAGCAUGAUCAGCAGGUUCAUGAAGUGUCUGAUGUGUUGUUGACUCCGAGAUUUAUAGGACAAACUAAUGAAGGUUCUGAGAGUUUGAGCCCGGUCCAACAAGCAUUAAUUUUGGCACAAUGUCUUUUAAUUGAGAAAAAUACUCCUCAUGAUGUAAUGCAGAGGUGGGAUAUGGCGCCAUAUAUAGAGGCAAUUGAUUCACAGCCAUCUUCGUUGUUCAUUAUUAGAUGUAUUUGUGACUUGUUACGUAUAAGAUGGGAGAAAACCCGUAGCAGAACUAAGGAGCGCACUAUUUUAAUGAUGGAUAAAUUGGUUCAAAGUGUUUAUGAAUCUUCUCCUGAAGUAACAGAGCGAAUGCGUUGCUGUUUUGGUGUUGAUUUACCUACUAUUCCUACUCUUCGUAAGGAAUAUGCAGAUUUGUUGGUUAGUUGUGGGUUAAUAGGUGAGGCUGUGAAAAUCUAUGAGGAUCUUGAGCUAUGGGAUAAUACGAUAUUUUGUUACCGUUUAUUGGAAAAGAAAGCUGCUGCUGUAGAAUUAAUAAAUACCCGUCUUCUGGAACGACCCAAUGACCCAAGAUUAUGGUGUUCACUUGGCGAUGUUACAAACAAAGAUUUAUACUAUGAGAAAGCAUUGGAAAUCUCAGAAAACAAGUCAGUAAGGGCAAAACGGUCACUUGCACGAAGUGCAUACAAGAAAGGGGAAUAUGAAAAAGCGAAACUCUUAUGGGAAUCUGCUAUGGCGAUAAAUUCUAUGUACCCAGACGGGUGGUUUGCGCUUGGUGCUGCUGCUUUGAAGGCUCGGGAUGUUGAUAAAGCAUUGGAUGCUUUUACACGUGCUGUUCAGCUUGAUCCUGAUAAUGGUGAGGCAUGGAAUAAUAUUGCUUGUUUGCACAUGGCCAAAAAGCGAAAUAAGGAGGCAUUAAUUGCUUUCAAGGAAGCCUUGAAGUUCAAAAGAGAUAGCUGGCAGAUGUGGGAGAAUUACAGUCAAGUUGCAGCAGAUAUUGGCAACUUCAGUCUUGCGUUGGAAGCAACCCAAAAAGUGUUGAGUAUGACUAACAAUAAAAGAAUCGACGUUAAGUUAUUAGAUAGUAUAAUGCUUGAAAUUGAAGGGAAGAACAAUGAGCAUGUUGAAUCUAUUGUAAAUGGUGUUGGAGAAUUACAAUUAGGAAAAACACGAGAAACUGAGCACUUAACGGAGUUGAUUGGUAAAGUUCUGCAGCAAAUUGCCAAAAGUGGAGGAGGGGGAGAAAUUUGGGGAUUGUUUGCAAGGUGGCAUAAACUGAAAGGAGACCUCACAAUGUGCUCAGAAGCGUUAUUAAAGCAAGUAAGAUCAUACCAAGGGUCUGAACUGUGGAAAGACAAGGAACGGUUUGUGAAGUUUGCUCAAGCCUCUUUGGAACUCUGUAAUGUUUAUGUAGAAAUUGGUGCACGCGAUGGUGGGCGUCGAGAACUUUCUGCGGCCGAGAUGCAUCUCAAAAGUACUAUUAAACAGGCUGCUUUGAGGUUUUCAGAUACCGAUGAAUACAUGAGCCUCCAAACUCUUCUUGAAAGUGUGCAAGCAAUGUUACAGGCUAGUUCGGUAACUUCUGCAUAAAAGACCUGUGUCAUAAAUUUGUGUUCUCUGCAGCAGUGUUUUGUAUAUUUGGAAGAGCAUUGGGAAAAGAUUCUCAAGACUUGGCCUUAAAAUGUCAAUACUGAAGUCGGUGUAGGUCUUAAACCUUUACUCACUUUGGUAUAAAUUCCAUUAGCCAACAGCUUUUGAUAGUUUGUAUGUGAUGCACUGUAUGUUGUUUUCGAUUCUACACACUUAUAAGCUAUAACCCUAAUUUAUUACUUAUGGGAUUGAAAUUUUAUUCUGA